AUGGCUUGCCCGCAUCUCGACUUGAUCGGGCUGACACCCCCCAAUCCUUCUCAGUCCGUCUACCGCGAAGACUGCACUCAAUGUUUUGACUCGAUCGAUGAUCCUGCUGGCCUCAAUGUCUGUCUGCAGUGUUUCAACGGAGGAUGUGCCGGUGACAGGAAGCAUGAUAGUCUUCACUAUGCGCUGGCUCAGCACCCUCUUGCCCUCAACAUUCGCCGCUCCAGAAAAGUCGUUGAACGGGAUGAACCACCUGCCAAGAUGUCCAAGCUGGCCAUUGCCGCCGAGAAAGAAGAAGAUCGAUACGACACAGCACUGGCUGUGAAGUGCCUCGACUGUAACACCGAGCUCGACCGAACGAAUCCCAAGCUUGCUCCCACUAUUGACGGUAUCCUCAAGGCCAAUACCUUUUCACGAAAGGAAGAGGUUAAGGCUUGGGAACAGGAGCUGACCAGCUGCGAGCACAUCCUGAUGCUUCAGCAGGCGCCUUCUAAGAAGAUCGAGCAAAAUGACCUGAGCCACUGCUAUGCUUGCGACUUGGCUGAGAACCUUUGGCUGUGCAUCGAAUGUGGCAACCUUGGAUGCGGUCGUAAGCAGAUGGGUGGCGUUGACGGGAACUCGCAUGCCCUUACCCACGCGAACGAGUCGGGCCAUGGAGUUGCCGUCAAGCUUGGAUCAAUCACCCCCGAAGGUACCGCAGAUAUCUACUGUUACAAGUGCGAUGACGAGCGAGUCGAUGACAAGCUGGGCGAGCAUUUGAACCAUUGGGGCAUUGUGCUUGCUGAGCGCCAAAAGACCGAGAAGAGCUUGACCGAAAUGCAAAUCGAACAGAACCUCAAGUGGGACUUUAGCAUGACUACUGAAGAUGGAAAGGAACUGAAGCCCUUAUUCGGACCUGGUCUAACUGGUCUGAAGAACCUUGGAAACAGUUGUUAUCUCGCCAGUAUCGUUCAAUGCUUAUUCGACAUGCCUUCUUUCCAAACAAGGUACUUCCAACCUGGCGCCGACCUUCCCAUUGUUACUGAACCCGCUGCCGAUCUCGAGACUCAGUUGCGAAAGGUAGCCGAUGGGCUUUUGUCUGGACGAUAUUCCAAGCCUGACGCAGAGAUUGCCGGAGAGGGUAUCACACAUCAGAAAGGACUGGCACCAGCGAUGCUCAAACAUCUUAUUGGACGAGGCCACGAAGAAUUCUCUACCAUGCGACAGCAAGAUGCGCUCGAGUUUCUUCAGCAUUUGUUCAAGCUCAUUACUCGGUCUUCUCACCCUGAUGGAAAAGACCCUACAGAGCCUUUCCGCUUCGUUCUUGAGCAAAGACUCCAAUGCCUUGGUUGCCACAAGGUGAGAUACAGCAGUAACGAGCAGGACAAUAUUUUUAUCGACGUCCCUCUGGAAAAGCUCCCACGCGAGGAAGGGUCGGAUGACCCAGAUGCUUACAAGCCUGUAUCUCUGACACAGUGCCUCGAUAACUUCACAGCUGCCGAGAAAGUUGAAUUAACCUGCUCUGCUUGUGGAAGUAAGGAUGGCUUUACCAAGCGAUCUCUAUUCAAGACCUUCCCCGACACUGUAGUCGUUAACGCGCGAAAGAUGACUGUUGUCAACUGGGUUCCAAUCAAGGUGGACGUCCCUGUUCUUGUGCCCGAUGAGCCUUUCAAUUUGGACGCCUAUCUUUCCGAGGGAUUGCAAUCCGGAGAGGAACAACUCCCUGAUGAGCCGGAGGUCAAGGCACCUGCAUUUGAACCUGACGCUACUGCCCUGGUGCAACUGGAAGCCAUGGGAUUCCCCUACAACCGCUGUGCGCGUGCUCUUCAUGCCACUGGCAAUUCCGACGCUAACGCCGCCAUGGAAUGGUUGUUUGGACACAUGGAAGACCCUGAUAUUGAUGCGCCUCUUGAUCUGGGUGCUCAAACCGGAGCAGCUAACACUGCUGAUCCUGAAAAGAUCGAAAUGCUCGGAGCCAUGGGCUUUGGUGCCCCACAAGCCAAGAAAGCCCUGAAGGAGACUGGUGGCGACGUCGAGAGAGCUGUAGAAUGGCUCUUCAGUCAUCCUGAUGACCAAGGAACAUUUGAAGAUGAUGCUCCCGCUGAGGGGGCUACUUCUGCCACAAAGGAGCCAGCCGGAAGCGCUGAUCUGCCAGCAACCUUCCAGCUUAGGUCAAUCGUAUGCCACAAAGGCACAAGUAUUCAUGCUGGACACUACGUUGCCUUUAUCCGCAAGGCUUUGGGAGAUGCUAAUGUCCCAACUUGGGUUCUUUUCAAUGACGAAAAGGUUGUCGAGGCACAUGAUGUUGACGAGAUGCGCAAGUUUGCGUAUGUGUACUUUUUUAAGCGAGUCUAG